CUCUCCCGCUUCUUCCCGCGGUUCAGUUCCCUUGUUGCAUUGCGGGAUGGCCAUGCCCUUCGUCUUCCGCCCUUCUUCGUCUUCCACCAAUCUUCCUCACCCUCUGCAUCUGCGUUUGUGCGCAUUGCUGCUCCCUUUUGUUGCAUUGCGGGAUUUGGGUUGAGAGUAGUCGCAAUGGAGGAAGCGGAUCUAGACGAGCUGGAAUGGAUGGCGUGUCAGCAGUUCCCGCCUGAGGAAGACGAAGAUUAUUACGACGGCUACGAGGAAAUGCCUCCGCCACCUGAGCAUCCUCCUGAAACCGACCGUAUAGAUGAAUCAUUUUCUCAUGAUGACAGCUCUCGAAAGCGGCCCUGGUAUGUUGAGGAUUCACACGACCGGGAGUCAUCUGGAAAUGCAGUAGCUGUGAAGAAACACCGCGGUUUACUGUCAGAUCCAGCGGGGACUUCAUCGAAAAAAUCCCUUUUUAUACCUGGAACGGUUCUAAAUCCCCCGACACAGAAUACAGUUUCUCUUCGUACUUCCCCAGCUACUUUUACAAAGGGUAGUCCAAUUCCUUGCACAGAAGGACAACCGUUGGCAUCGGUCUUGGCGGCAGACCCGUGGACACUCCGGCCGCCUCCUGCAACCGAGGAAGUCUGUCACAUGUCUCCUAGAAACCAAGAAGAAGAAUACAUCGAAGUACCAGAAGUUCCAACUUCAUGCAAAUUACCUCGUCGAUGUGUUACAGAUAUAGAUGGCGAUUUCAUCCCAAUCACCGGUCUUGAUGGUGAUCGAGUAUAUUCUGCAAAAGUAGAGCCUGUCAAAGCCAACUACAAUUUGACCGCUCUUCAUAAUAAAGAUCUGCUGGGAGAGCCGAUUGCAAAAAUGAUCGAAAGGAUCGAGCGGGAAUCAUUUGAGCAGGUUAUUGCAGCAAGUGACAAGAAAAUGCUCUCAGCUGAUACGAUUGGAACAGUACCUGCCUCAGAGCACGAAGACCUGUGGGUUGAUAAAUAUGCACCUCGGUCGUUUACGGAACUUCUUAGUGACGAAAAAACCAACAGAGAGGUUCUUAGAUGGUUGAAGCAAUGGGACCCUUGUGUUUUUGGAUCCAAGAGAUAUUCUACCUCUGAGGAAGUUUUAACAUCCCUGAGGCGCCAAGCGACUCACUUACAUGGGAAUGUAAAUAUGGGAGGAAGGGGAUCUUUCAACAACAAUGUGAACAAGAGCAUGGCGUACCGGAAUGAUACGUUCAAUAGUGAUUCUACUCGGAAAGUGGCAACUGAAGAAAAGUCCACUCUCGACCGACCUGAAGAAAAGGUUUUGCUUCUGUGCGGACCACCAGGUUUGGGCAAGACAACGUUGGCACAUGUUGCUGCUAGACACUGCGGGUAUCGGGUCGUGGAGAUAAACGCUAGCGAUGAUCGAGUGGCAACAACACUUCAAGGAAAGAUACUAGAUGCUAUACAGAUGAAAUCGGUUACGGGCGACAAUCGACCAAAUUGCCUGGUUAUAGAUGAAAUUGACGGAGCACUAAGUGGUGCAGAGGGGAAAGGGGCGAUUGAUUCCCUACUGGAAAUUAUUAAUGCAGACAAGAAAUCAUCACUGGGAAAGGAGAAUGAAAUGCAAGAGGGUGUCACCAAAGUGAGCUCCAAGAAGACAGGAGGUUCAGCAGUGCGUCGCUUGUCAAGACCAGUAAUAUGUAUCUGUAAUGAUUUCUAUGCACCUGCCUUAAGAAAACUUCGACAAGUGGCCAGAGUGCAUGUCUUCGUGCAACCAAGUGUCAGCCGAGUUGUGUCCAGACUCAAAUACAUCUGUGGCAAGGAGGGUUUCAAAACUAAUGCCCGUGCUCUCUCCGCUUUGGCUUCACAUACAGAGUGCGAUAUUCGAUCAUGCCUCAACACUUGCCAGUUUCUGAACCGGAAGAAGCAGAACUUGAAGACGUUGGAUGUAGGCUCUCAAGUUGUGGGCCGGAAAGAUAUGACCAGCAGCAUAUUUGAUAUCUGGGGAGAGAUCUUCCACAAACGAAAAGUGCGAGCAGGUUCUGGCAUGCGCGGUCUGGUUGAAAUGCCAGAAAUUGGCAACCAGGACCACAAAGAAUUCGUUCGUCGCUAUGGAUUGUUUUCGAACCACGGAGAUUAUGAUCUCACAAUGAGUGGCAUUCAUGAGAAUAUUCUACACAUGCGUUAUCUCGACCCUUCCCUGGAAAAAACAGUGGAAGCGCUUGAAUGGAUGGGAGACUCAGAAAUUUUCAGUCACCAUAUCAUAGCCAAACAGCAGUUCCAUCUCUUAGCAUAUCAGCCAUUGCCAAUGAUUGCAAUUAGAGGACUUGUUGCGCAACAAGAGCGACCCCAAGUUCAAUGGCCAAAGCAACAUCAGAAUAGCAGAACCGAGCAGGCUGUAAAGAUGGAAAUGUUGAAUUCCUGGCUUGGAUCUAUGACGGCCUCAAUUUCUCGCGCAUUAUCUCCUGUUUGUCUUGGACUUGACAUAGUCACCCCGUUGCUUACGAUCAUUACCCCCCCAACCAUCAGACCGGUUGCUACUCAGCUGCUAACUUCGAAAGAGAAAGAUGAAAUUGUACAGCUUGUGGAUACAAUGCUAGGGUUCGGGCUUUCAUACAGACAUCCAAAGGCAGGCAUGCUUAAAGCUGACCAUGGUAUAGAUGGACACAGUUCGCUUACGUUGGAUCCUCCCAUUGAUACUUUGGUUAAAUAUAAGGAAUUCACAGCAGGUUAUCGUCAACUGUCUAGUACACUAUGCCAAAUGUUGGCUCAUGAGGUUGAAAUUGAACGCAUCCGACGGGAAGGAGCUCUGCGUGAAAAUAAGAUGAUAGCAGUCAAUCCCACACCAAAGCUAACCAUUGAUGCUCCUAAUAAGAAAGAUGAAGAGCGAGGUAAACCUCCACUGCAACUUGUGGAGGAUCCGUUGCAGCCUUGCGAUGAGAAAAUCGAGGUUCCUAAAAAAAUGUGCUAUAUUUCUUCUUCUAAGAAGAGCGUACCUGAACAAGAGAAACCGCAACCUCGCCGGUCCAUGAACUUUUUCGAAAGGUUUAAAAAGUCCACCCAGACAGAUGUUACCGCCGAUGUGAAAGCUAAGGAGAAAUUGGCUACUCUACAGCGUGACUCACGCCCUUUGCUGUACAAAUAUCAUGAAGGACUUACAAAUGCUGUUAAGCGACCGAUGUUUGUCCGCGAUUUUUUGUGAUUCAAAACGAAGGUAUCGGUAGCCCAUUAUGUUUAUGGUAGUGAUUAACGCAUUUAUUAUGCUGUAUCCGCAAUGCCUCUUGUGGAAACAUUAUCGUUUCACAUCUUAUGAGGCUAGGUUCACCUGUUACAUGUCCUCUGGUUUUGGAUGUAUGCAUAAUUUUAACUAAAUUGUAUGACAUUUCAGAACUAUUUCAUAAGCCCUUUUUUCUGAGUU